AUGUGGGAGGUCAUUGAGAGACAGAGGGGAAUGUGGGAGGUCAUUGAGAGACAGAGGGGAAUAUGGGAGGUCAUUGAGAGACAGAGGGGAAUAUGGGAGGUCAUUGAGAGACAGAGGGGAAUGUGGGAGGUUAUUGAGAGACAGAGGGGAAUGUGGGAGGUCAUUGAGAGACAGAGGGGAAUGUGGGAGGUCAUUGAGAGACAGAGGGGAAUGUGGGAGGUCAUUGAGAGACAGAGGGGAUUGUGGGAGUUUAAUGAGAGGCAGAGGGGAAUGUGGGAGGUCAUUGAGAGACAGAGGGGAAUGUGGGAGGUUAAUGAGAGACAGAGGGGAAUGUGGGAGGUCAAUGAGAGACAGAGGGGAAUGUGGGAGGACAAUGAGAGACAGUGGGGAAUGUGGGAGGUCAAUGAGAGACAGAGGGGAAUGUGGGAGGUCAAUGAGAGACAGAGGGGAAUGUGGGAGGUCAAUGAGAGACAGAGGGGAAUGUGGAGGUCAAUGAGAGACAGAGGGGAAUGUGGGAGGUUAAUGAGAGACAGAGGGGAACGUGGGAGGACAAAGAGAGUCAUAGGGGAAUGUGGGAGGUCAAUGAGAGACAGAGGGGAACGUGGGAGGACAAUGAGAGACAGAGGGGAAUGUGGGAGGUCAAUGAGAGACAAAGGGGAAUGUGGAGGUCAAUGA